AAUGUGGACGAGCAAAAGUUGGGUGACACACAUCUGAAACGCGGCUCAUGAGUUGCCGCAGGGGAAGAAAGAAGGCACGACAGAGAUUAUCCCAGUCGAGAAGUACACCUUGGAUUGAACGGCUGUUUGAGACUGGCUUAGUUUUAGCCUUCCAGUGACACCCAACCCCCUCUUCCUCUUUUGUUAGGCUCUCACUUUCCCCAGUAGUGCAUUGUUCUGUUCUUUCACCUCGUCCCAGUGUCUUUUUCAUUCCCCGUCAAUUUCCUGUUGACUCUUCUGGACUGAGCCUAAAGGCUGUAAACUCUUCAGAAUGGUUGCUGAUGUAGACACAGCAUCUCAGGGCAGCGGUAUGCGGCUGAAGCAGGAGAUUUCCCUCCUUCAUGGAGUUUGUCUCAUUGUGGGAAAUAUGAUCGGCUCUGGCAUCUUCGUCUCACCUAAGGGAGUUCUUAUGUACACCGGCUCGUAUGGCCUGUCCCUGGUAGUGUGGGCCAUCGGAGGGGUAUUUUCUGUGUUUGGGGCAUUAUGCUAUGCUGAACUCGGUACGACCAUUCGAAAAUCUGGAGCCUCCUACGCCUACAUCCUGGAAUCUUUUGGAGGCUUUGUGGCUUUUAUUCGACUCUGGACGUCCCUGUUGAUCGUAGAACCAGCCUGUCAGGCAGUGAUAGCCCUGACCUUCUCCAACUACCUGGUCCAGCCCUUCUACCCCACCUGUGUAGCGCCCUACCAUGCCGUCCGCCUCAUCGCAGCUGUCAUCAUAUGUCUGCUGACUGUUGUGAACUGUAUGAAAGUGAAAUGGGGUGCCAUUCUUCAGGUUAUCUCCACUGUAGCCAAGGUCCUCGCUCUCAUCGUCAUCAUCAUUGCUGGACUUGUUAAGCUUGGACAAGGUUUUGACCAGAACUUUGAGAACUCCUUCAAAGGCUCCAAGGCGAAUCCUGGUGAUAUGGCCUUGGCUCUCUACUCGGCACUUUACUCUUAUUCGGGCUGGGAUACGCUCAACUUCAUUACAGAGGAGAUCAAGAACCCGGAGAGGAAUCUGCCCUUGUCCAUUGCUAUUUCCAUGCCCAUUGUCACAGUGAUCUACAUCUUGACAAAUAUCGCUUACUACGUUGUCAUGGAUGCAGACAAAGUGCUGAACAGUGAAGCUGUUGCUGUGACGUUUGCUGACGAGGUGCUCGGCUGGGCUCGGUGGCUCAUCCCUCUGUCUGUGGCUAUUUCCUGCUAUGGAGGCCUCAAUUCCUCAAUCAUUGCUGCCUCACGGCUGUUUUUUGUUGGUUCCAGAGAAGGCCACCUACCUAAUGUCCUGUGCAUGAUCCACAUUAAGCGCUUCACCCCAAUUCCUGCCCUGCUUUUCAAUGGCGCCAUGUCUCUGUUGUACCUGUCCGUGCCAGAUGUUUUCCAGUUGAUCAACUACUUCAGUUUCAAUUACUGGUUGUUUAUCGGCCUGUCGAUAGCCAGCCAAAUCUACCUUCGCUUCAAAGCUCCUGAUCUGCACCGACCUGUGAAGCUCUCUUUGUUCUUCCCAAUAGUCUACUGCCUGUGCAGCUUAUUCCUGGUGGUGGUGCCCCUCUACAGCGACACCAUCAACUCUCUAGUGGGAAUUGCUGUGGCAUUGUCUGGGGCACCCGUCUACUACAUUUGUAUCCACCUGCCGCCGAGCUCCAGACCCGCCUUCCUUGGCAAAAUGCUCAAUCAGCUCUCUCUGUCCACCCAAAAACUGUGCAUGUGUUGUGUGGCCUCACCGGAUAUUGAUUUGGACAACAUAGACCCAGAAAAGAUCGAAUGAUGGAGCAACAAAGGAUUCGGGUUGAAGCGCUGUAUGGAGGGAUGAAAUAGGAUGACUUUACAGAUAGAAGAAGCUUUGAGCUGCAGACAAUCAGGAUUUGGAUGAGUAUUGCUUGAACGAUUAAAGGAACAAGGACGGAAGAAAGGGGGAGAUGAGCACAAUACACUUUGUGCCUGCCUCUUCUCCCACAUUUGCCAUAGCGAAUAAAGGAGCGGGAUUUUACUUUGAAUAUAUUGAAACUGUGCCCACUGUAACCUUCCAACAAACAGCACUCUGCAGACACACUCUUGUGCACACUGUCGUGCACACUCACAUGUUGGUACAUGAUGCAGUGUUGACUGUGUUUCCUCCACAUGUGCCCCCACACUGCAACUCACACAUGCUCACAAACUGUUUACAGCUCUGAGUUUUGAGUUUAGACGUUAUCUGUUCAGUAUGGCAGCAACAAAGCUGAGUCUGCAAACGCUGGUUUUGGACUCGCUCACAGACCUCAAAGAACAGCUACAAUUUUGCACAUCUUGCAUUUUCUGUUAUAUACCUAGGUUAUACGAGGUACGAUCAAAAGGUUUUGGGACUGUGCCUAUAAAUGAAUCAACAACUGUACCUUAUUUACAUUUGUCUGCUAUCUAGGUGUACUCCUGGUGCAGUCAUACGCUGCUCCCAGUGCUCCUGCUUCACUAAUUAUAAGGUUCAAUGGAAGUUUUGCAAACGUCAGGUACCAUCUGCAAUGAGUGCUGAAUCUCCCAAGCGGGGUCAAAAUGACGAUCCUUUAACUUGAAUUAUAUUUUGGGGAGGAGGAAGAAGUCACAGAGAGCCAAAUUGAGUGACCAGGCUGAGUGGAGAGCGAUCAUUGUGUUGUGUUGUGAGCGCUAAGCGAGCAGCCUCAUGCCGUCGCACUUCACAUCUUUUGCACCAAACACUCGCCCUCAGACACCUCAGGGUGUCAGAGUAGAACCCUCCUCUGACAGUCUGACCAUGGGGGACUAAUUAUCUGAAUAUUAAAACAAACAAGCUUCUCUCCGGUGCGCUCCUGACCCAAUGCAGCUUGUCCCAUCUUGGAGACUGUGGAAUACGACAUUUCUUCUCUCUCUGGUAGCUGCAGACCUCCUUCAGUCACCAGUGAUGAUCAUUGACUCAUCCUGGCUGCUCAAAAAACAAACAGGAUGUAUUCUUCUGAUUUCUCACUUCUGAUGUUGUCACAUGGUCUCCUGACGUGUGAGUUACUGCUACACCCUGUGCACACGCCACCAACAGUCCCACAACCUUUUGACGGCACCACUUAGAAAGCUGUAUUUUGCUCCGUUACUGAACUGAAGUACAGAAGGUACAGGUUUAGUUUUCUUUUUUUUCUUUUUUUUUUUAAUUAACCAUUUUUAAAGAAGGACAGCUGUUACUUCUUGCAGUUUUUUUGUAUAAGAUGUUAAUCCAGUCUCUCGUUACGUGUCCGUUAUCUUAGUUGAAUAGUUUUACUGAAGAGAAGUUGUCCUGCUAUAACAAUGAUCACACAUCGGUUUCCUUUUGUGUCCUGCUUUCCGUCCAUCUUCUGCAUGUGAACUGUUUCCUCCCUCCAGCUAGAUUCUUGGAGUGCAUCUUCAGGGCGGUUUUUGGUUUCAGGUGCCUCCUAGUGGUAACUGAGAUUAUCUUCUGUUGACAAGCUACAAGGUUUUUCCAAGUGUCAUCCGAGACUCUCUCCAUAAUGUAUGUUUGUUUUUUAAGCCUUUGACUCCUCAUCAUCGCCUUGUUGUUUUUUCUUUUAUUAAUUUACAAACACCAGGAAUGUUGAGAAGAAUGAAAACUUAGAAGUUGUAGUUAUAGAAAGAAACCCAUUGUGAUAGUUUCUGAUCUCAGCUAAUGCACCAGACAGGGACUCCUCUGGGCUCCGUUUUUCUUCUGAAUGGGGACUUUUUGAUGCCAACCUCAGGAUCAACCAUGCUGAUGUGCACAUGUUGUUACUGAUGUUUAUUAUUCUUACUUUUUACCCGCUCUUGUCUUAAGAGUUUGUACCACAGAUAGGAUAUUUAAUGUAUUGUUGCCUUUUUAAUGUACCGCCAACUUUGGACGGACUGAUAGUUGGACCAUGUUUCUGCUCACAGUAGCGAGCUUGUAGCAAAGCUUCCUAAUGAUGAAAUGAUAGCUGUAGCGUGUAGAACUACAGGUAGAGCUGCGUCAUACGUUGGGGUCUGUGUCGUACAUGUUGUCCUCAUGGAUUUUUAUGUGCCUUCUGUGAGUGUGGCGGUCAAAAGGUCUGAUAAUGUAACUCGGCUUUCGUGUAGAGCGUCUUGAGCACAAUCGUCCACACAUUGCUGUAGGUUUCGCCAAAUGUCUUUUCAGGUCUUUUGUUGAUAGAGUUUUCAAACUGAUGUGGCCUCACCAGACAUGUUGUGGAAGAAAUCAGGCCUUACAUUAAAAAAAAAAAUCCUAUUAAGUGUCUUUAGCACUUCUGCAACACCAGCUACUGGAAGCACACACACGUUUGUUUUAUAUACUCAUUUGCUUUCUCUGGGAUCAAACCAUCAGUUAAACCAAACUAGUGUGUCGUGUGUGUGUGUGUGUGUUCUUAAGAUGUAAACACAAAGACUGUUUUCAGUAUAUUGCUAUAAAUUGCCGUGUUAUGAAGUUGUUAUACUCUGAAAACACAUUAUGUGAAUGUUGCAAUAUAAUGCAAGUUAGUUUCAUCAUCGGUUACCAAAUGUACGUUUCCUGGUUGUAUUUGACAAAGUUGUGUUUUGUGUAUUUGUAGAAAUGUGUCUUCAAGUCCUUCAUUUGUUCGUUGUUUUUAUUUAUUUGUUUUUGGGACAAACCAGAUGGUGAGACACGCUCUUCAUAUGAGGAAGUCUGGAGCGUGUUGUGUAUGUCGUCAGAAUAAAGUGCAGUACAGAGUGUGAGUUGUACACACGAGUGAC